GUGGCAUUCAUACCUGUGCCCCAAUUGUUCAAAUUGCGACUCCCAUACCUUCUCCCGGUAGCACGCGCGAAGCCGAGGAACAGCGCAAUCAUGAUUGGCAAGCGAAACCUAAGGGCCUACGUGGAGGAGAACGAAGUGGAGGAUUCGAGAGAAUGGGAUAGUGUCAAACGGCGUCUCAACUCGUCACAGCAGCAUCGAGUCCUCGACGAGAGUGGCGAUGAAGACGGCGACCCCGCGUUCGAGGGAAACGAGAAUGACGAGGAACACGGAGAGAACUACACGAUUCGACAGCCGUUCAUGAGGACAGCCAAUUCACGCCGCAAUCAUCGUAGAUUCGCUGCACGAACACAACAUGUUGAUGAAGGUCUCCCGUCGCCUCGAUCUCAUACACAUGGGUCGAACACGCAAGCAUCCUGCUCUGCUAGCGCUCCAAACCCUUCUACACCUGUGCAUAUUCAGAACCCCACCCCUAAUUCGAGUCUGGGUCCGGAUUUGACCAAAUUACGCUGGGAAUUGCAGAGAGAGAUGGUGAACGAGCUGUACGGCAAACACGUUUCAUCCUAUUCGGCAACCCUGGAAGAAAAAUUCCUCCACAUCUGGAACACGGAUCAGGAGACGACAGCAAAUAGACUGGGCCACGAAAAAUACGAAGCGGUCAAUGAAGCAGUUCAGCACUGGCUGGGCUGGCGAAAGGUAGCAGGGGCGUUAGGCGGCCUCACGGGCCAUAAGGAAUCUUCCCUUGAGAAACUUCCCGAAUACUCAUAUGAGGAGUGGACUACAAUGCUUGGUGGAGAAGAUAGCAUCCAGGAUCAUGUCAGCAGACUGAUGGAAGCCUUCCAGGCUGUGACUAAGCAACCCAUCGUCGUCUAUGGGCUCGAAAGGGGACUCAAAGCCUUCCACGAGCAAAUGCGUGUGUGGCAUAUGGCGAUCACUGGGGAGGAAGCCUAA